CUGUUCCCUCGGUUAUUGAGAAACGAUUGCAUGCUGGAGGCGUGGAGUCUGUUAAAGGGGAACAACGUUAUUUCACUAUGGGGACAGGAUAUGUAGUGUGGCUUGCGGUUGCAAAAUUUUUUGUUUUGCUUCUUUUUUGUUGCAUAUAUGUCCAAAAGUUACAUUUUAGCUUCAUCUGACCGAAGAAUGUUCUUUCACAUCUUUACUGUCUUCCCUACAUGGCUUGUGGCAAACUCCAGAGCUCCUGAAGGCUUUCUUCCCAGCAGUGGCUUCCUUCUUGACACACUUCCAUAUUAGCUAAAUUUGUGAACUGCACAACUAACAUUUUGUUUUUCAGGUACUUCCACAUGAGCAGAGGAUCUCUGCAGACCUUCCAGAGUUACCAAUGGACCUUUUGGCAGCUUUCCUGUCUGAAGGACUCCGGCUUGACUCACGGCUGAAUCCUGGGGUAAAGAUGCGGGUGGUCGGAGCCGCGGGUGUCGCUGAGCUGUGGGCCGUGCUGGCCGCCCUGGUGGCCGGCGCCGCGUCCGAACUGGUGACGCUGGUGCAGGAGCAGGUGAAGCCCGAGUCGUCGGUGCUGCCGCCGAAGGUUAUGAUCGCGAUCCUGGCUCGGAACGCGGCGCACAGCCUGCAGCACUACCUGGGCUGCAUCGAGCGGCUGGAGUACCCGAGGGAGCGCAUAGCGAUCUGGGCAGCGACAGACCAUAAUGUAGACAAUACCACUGCCAUGUUGAGAGAAUGGCUGAAGAGAGCGCAGCGCGUUUAUCACUAUGUGGAGUGGAGACCGAUGGAGGAGCCCAGCUCCUACACAGAUGAGUGGGGUCCGAAGCACUGGCCCCCUUCCAGAUUCAACCAUCUAAUGAAGCUGCGGCAGGCGGCCCUGAAGGCUGCGCGGGAGCGAUGGGCCGACUACAUACUGUUUGCCGACAGCGACAACCUGUUGACCAACCCUCGAGUGCUGGACCUGCUGAUGGCCGAGAACCUGACGCUGGUCGCUCCCAUGAUGGAGUCUCGCUCUCUCUACUCCAACUUCUGGUGCGGCGUCACCCCACAGGGUUACUACAAGCGCACCCAGGACUACCAGCCAAUCAGGGAGUGGAAGAGGCUCGGCUGUUUCCGUGUUCCCAUGGUGCACAGCACCUUCCUUUUGGACCUUCGGCGCGAAUCCAGCCGAGACCUGGCGUUCUACCCACCUCAUCCAGACUACAGCUGGGCCUUUGAUGAUAUCAUGGUGUUUGCCUUCUCGGCACGUCGAUCAGGGGUGCAGAUGUACGUGUGCAAUAGGGAACACUACGGCUUCCUGCCCGUCCCGCUCAAAGCUCAACAAAAUGUGGAGGACGAAGCUGAGAGUUUCAUACACACCAUCUCAGAAGCUCUGAUUGAACACGACAUGGAGCCGUCUCAGUACAUCUACACCCCGCCGUUACCGCCAGACCCAAUGGGCUUCGAUGAUAUUUUCCUGAUUAACUUGAAACGCCGUCUGGACAGAAGAACCAGGAUGUUGAAAACAAUGGGCGCCAUGGGCCUUCGCCCCACUCUGAUUGAUGCAGUGGACGGGAAAGCUCUAAAUACAUCCCAGCUGCAGGCACUGGGAAUUGAGAUGUUGCCAGGCUACAAGGAUCCAUAUUCUGGUCGUGUCCUCACCAGAGGGGAGAUUGGCUGCUUCCUGAGUCACCACUCUAUAUGGAAACAGGUGGUUGAUCGUGGCCUGCAGAAGGUUCUGGUUCUGGAGGACGAUGUGAGGUUUGAACCCAGGUUUAAGCGAAGGCUUCGGGCCAUCAUGGAGGACAUAGACAGAGCCCAGCUGGACUGGGACCUCAUCUACGUGGGAAGAAAGCGAAUGCAGGUGCAGCAGCCGGAGCAUUCAGUGGAAGGUGUGAACAACCUGGUGGAAGCCGACUAUUCCUACUGGACCCUGGCCUACGCUCUUUCACAGCAAGGGGUCCGAAAGUUGCUGGGGGUACAACCUUUCACCAAGAUGCUCCCUGUCGACGAAUUUCUUCCCAUCAUGUUCAACAAACACCCCAAUGUUCAGUACAUGUCCCAUUUCGAGCCACGGGACCUGAAGGCCUUCUCCGUGGAGCCGCUGCUGCUCUAUCCCACCCACUACACCGGCGAGCCGGGCUACAUCAGCGACACCGAGACUUCCACCAUCUGGGACGACGAGGCCGUCGCCACAGACUGGGACCGGCAGCACGCCCGCAAGACAGCCCAGCAGGGCCGCAUCCGACCCGUAGCGCAGAACAGCGUCACUGGAGACUCGCCGCCUCCUGCUGCCCGAGCCUCGCGCGACGAGCUCUGAUGAAUUCGGACGAGAGACUCGGUGAGCGUCCCACAUAUGCACACUUGAAAAGGAAACUGGUGCUGACAUACUGUACAGGCGUUCACGCCAAUUAAAAACAGGUGGAUUGCAGCAGAAAUCAGACGAGCCUCGUCUCUGCCGCCUGGGGACAAGGCUCACAGAUUCUGGGACGAAGGCCAGCACGACUUUUACAAAGAGCUUUAUUUAUUCUCCAUGCGUCUCCUCUGUGCGUGUGGAUCCAGUUCUGGCCUGAAAGACUUUACACAUGGAAGUCGGCUAACAACAUUUACAUGAUGUGAAAAGAAAGAAAUGAAAUCUUCUGUGAAUUCAUUUUUAUGUUUCAAAAGGAUUCUUCUUUUUAUUUAAGCAGAACAGAAGUGCGUCUAAGAGACUGUGGCGGAAUAAAAGAAACAUACAGCUGACCGAAAAUGUUUUGUUUUUUUUCACAAAGCUGUGCAUCAACAUCUCUACUGUAUUUAUACUUAGUUUUGCUCGCUGGUUCAUAUUUGUAAUUCUUACAGAACUGAGCCUGUGUGGGAGGUUGGAGGCUGACAUUUUGUACCCCAGAGUAAUUUUUCAGAUGAUGUCAUGCAAACAGAAAAAAAAAUAAAAUAAAAAUAUGCAGCGGUUUCUUGCCAAGCAGCAGGGCAGCAACAGAUGCUUUUCAUGGUCUAAAGUUUUUGUUGCAGGAGGAAGAGGACCUUUCAUAGCAGGCUGGUCCUGCUUGUUAAUAUUUCAGGGCAUUAUUUUGUUGCCAUAGAAACAAACAAAGUUUUAAUCAAUUCUGCUGAUCUUAAAACAUCCGAAUUUGUUUUUCUCUAAAAAAGAUUUUGGAUUCUUCCCCUGAACACAGACUCUUCUUUGUUGGGUUGCGCUGCAGAGUUGGAGCAAUAAAACAGCCUCUUCACUUCUUCUUUAUCUGCCUCCCCAGGCUAAAGGGGCCGAUGUUAUCUGUCUUUUUACACUCUUGCGGGUUAUUGUGGUUGUACAGACAUGGCGGAGUGAUUGGAGACAGUAAAAAAGAAAAAAAUUCACUGUCAGCCAGAUUAAAACUCUUGAGACAAA